AUGUUGGCAAUCCGAGACGAGAACGCAGUCAACGCGGCCCAGGCUGCUCGACUGGCUCCCGGGAAGAGCCAAAUGGCCCCCAAGACUCCCGGAGCCCGAUACCCGAAGACCCCUUUGAAGAUUCCCCUCAACGAUGAGAAUGCCGUUGGUGCAGGCAAGACGGCUCUUGCGAACAAGUCGAACGCGAAGGGGCCCGUUCAAGGCACCGUGAAGAAGCAGAACCUCGUCACCCCGUCUGAGACACGAGCCCGCGCGCCACUCGGAAACAAAACCACCAACGCAAAGGCCAAGAGCACCCAAAACACUGGGGUUAAAGACAUUGUCAAGGAAUUCGAGAAGACACAGACCAAGCCCACGACCACGAAGAAACUGAAGCAGCGAUCUCCCAGUGCGGUCCCCUACAGGCUUGAUGUGCGUAACGACGAGGCCGGUCCCGCCGGAGAGCCUGAUGUGGAAUACGCCCCGCCACCGGUCAAGGAGCCGGCCUACCAGUCCGACCUGUUGGAUGACAGGCUCACUUUCGAGGGGCUCAAGCCCGAGAACGUCUUCAAAGGCUACUACAACCACUACUACAACCCUAUGGGCGAGGACGGUGUCAGACUUCAGGAUAGACAGCAGCAGCAGAAGAUGAAGAAGGCCCUGAAAGAGACUGACGAUCGCAUUCUCCGCGACAUUCAGGAGAUGGAUUGGUCUGUUUCUGAUGUCCCGGAGACUGCAGCCUUCGGCCAGAACAAGGCUCCUGCCCCUGCUCCUAACCCGAUCGUUGCGAAGAAGACUGGCGCAGGCGCUGCGAAGUAUCCGCCCACCAUCGCUUCUCGGCGAGCGGCGUCCGCUCUGUCGAUGGCUACUGGAACCACCAUUAAACAGAGAAAGCCUCUCGAACAGGGAAGCACGGCUCGGAGGCCCAUCUCUUCCCUCCUUCCCCGCAACAGACCUGCCAGGGCGCCUCUGGCUUCCAAGACCACCAAUGCCGAGAGUGCAGUGGGAGCAGCUGCCUCCAGAAGCACUAUCGGCUACACCAAGGGCCGAUCUGCCUCGUCUCUCGUAAGUGGACGGGGCAGACUCCCUUCGGCGGCGAGGCCUGCGUCAACAGAGCUUCCGGCAGCUGUUCCCCAAAAGACUGUCGUCAGACGAGAAGCAUCCCCACAGAAGCAGGAUGCCCGCGACGAUGAUGCCCAGGAGCUCGUCCGCCUGCAAUUCCUCUCCAUUUUCGAUCCCGCCAAGGAUGUUGAGGAUGACGACCUCGGCAGCGCCGGCCUUAGAAACGAGGACUUUGAGGAUGACGAAUUCGAGAUCAAGUUGGAUCUCUAG